AUGGAGCCAGAUGUUUUAUUAACUCGCCAAUCACCAAAUCAGAGUCUUGGCCUUUGCCUUUCAUCAGAACAACCAAAUAAUCAGGGAGAUAAUCAACAACCACCAAGGAAUCAUGAAAAUGAAAAUGGUGCUUACACUCGUAGUGAGGUUUAUAUCAGCUUCCUGGAGACUGGUGGGUUAGCUGAACGAUCCGGAGCAAUUAAGAUUGGUGAUCAAAUAUUGGAAAUCAAUGGAUAUGAGAUCAGCUCAAUAGACGAAGCCAAGACAAUCCUUUGCAGUCCUGAAACUAUUUCAUUUGAAUUACUUAUCGGUCGACCAAAUGUCCAUCAUGAUCAUUCCAAGUGCAGGGAAAGGUCAGUUUCCAAACGAUUGGCACUUUUUGAAUCAAGUGAACAUGGAGAUGCCAAUCAUGUGGCUAUCGUUGAUUGUAGUCAAGAGUUUUAUAUCCUCUCAAUGGAUCCAUCGGCUGAUAAAAAUAAUAAUAAAUUUCCAUCUUCAAAAGGAACUCAUUUAAUGACCAAUGGUCAACAGCAUCAAUCAGCUGGUGGCCCAGUUAACUCUUGUAUAUCAAGUGGAGUUUAUGAAAGUUAUGGUAAACUUCAAGGUCCAUCUGAUGAAAAGGACAGUGGACUUGGUAAAACUGAUGGUGAGUCAAGUUGUUCACAAACCAAUGAAACUUGUUCAACUGACCACGAAUUGACCGGUUCAUUGGAUAAAAUUCGUGCUAGUGAACCAUCUCCACCCUUAAUUCAAGGUACAGUUAAUCCAUCUUCUUCUGGACAUGGGUCAGUCUCUUAUUCAUCUGGUAAUUCAUCUGCAGAGGGAAAGAGGCAAAUUUUACAUGGUCAAAUGGUCAACAGUUCAAAUCAAUUUAAUCAACAUCAAAAAGGUCAACCUGACACAAAUAACAUGAUGAUAAUCACCUCACCUUAUAAUGAAAUAGAUCCAACUAGUGGUCAACUGGGAGGGUUUAUCAAUCAUUAUGAGGAAUGUCAUUAUGCUUCAACUGAAAUAGUACCCACACCUCAGCCUAGUCAACAUCCACCAAUGUCCAGUCUGGUGAAACAAAGUUCACCUCCGGAGGCUCGAAGUAAACCUUUGAAAAAAGUUUCCACCGUCAAUGGUCACUCAAUGAGCCAAGAAAACAAAUCAAACGGCGAUUUGUUGCCCACUGAAAUGCAGCCCGCUGAGAAAAAGGAAUCAAUCAAAAGGUGGAUCAAAAGUGGCCUUCCAAACACUUUACCAACUCCAUUGUUAACAGCAACAUCGAACUUGACUCCAAGUACCAAUUCUAAUAUCAUGUCCAAUCGUCCAUCUUCAUUUAAACCGAAUCUUGUCCAAUCGCCUUUGGAGGGCAAUAAAAUGUUGACCAAAAAUGACCAUGAAAAUAGAAAAGAGGACAAAGGGGUUUCGACAGAGGAAAAGGCCACUCAAAUCGAAUCUGAUGCCGCAAGUUUAAUGAGUUGUGAGUCUUGUCGAAUGUGUAUCAUUAAAUCACAAGGUGGAAACUUGGCUGAUAAAGAUCGAGGUGGACAACGGGCAGAAACUUUCCACCAUCAUCAGACUGUUUUACCCACUGUGCCCAAAAGAACGGGAAAUUUGCCCAUUCCAGUUAAAGUUCCCGUUGUACCCGAUUUAACGAUGUUCAAUAGUAAUUCUAAUAUGAUAAAAUCGACCAGUAAAGGUCACCUUCGAGAGGAGAAAGAAAAUGUUUACUCGGCUGUUGGUCCAACCACGACAAUGUACACAACAAAGGCCAAUCUUGAACAUACGAUAAUGUUACAACAGGAAAUGUUCCGUCAAGCGUUAAUUCAACAGCAGAAAAUAAAACCCUGGCAGAAACGAAGUCGAUCAAAUGAAUCAACUGGUCAACCAGCGGUCAAUCAUCGUCCUUCUAGUCAAAUAGUUUAUCCACCGAACUCGAACAAUCAUCCAAAUGGUACACCAACAAGUCCGUCCAAACAUUUUCGAAAUCAGAUCGGUUUGGUCCAUUCAACGUCUCUGUCCAAAUUCAAGGAAACCAAGAACGACAAACAAGCAAGUGGAUCUGGUAAACAAACAAAUGACCAGAGCGGUAACAAUGUAAAUAUGGAAUGGAAAAUAAAAAAGCGACCUGAUGGUACUCGAUACAUUACUCGAAAACCAAUCAGAUCGAAAAUAUUGAAAGAAAGAGCGGAAAUAAUUAACCAGGAAAGGUCAGGAUUAACCACCGAUGAUGAUACAAUGUCCGAGUUGAAGGUUGGCCGAUAUUGGACCAAAGAUGAACGGAAAAAACACUCGGAGCGGGCAAAGGAUAGGAAACGGAGGGAAAUGCUGUUGAGGGCGAUUAAGAUGAGCUCGGUUAGGGAAAAUUCAGAAGAAUGGGAAUUAACUAAUGGUAAAGAUCAACAAUUAACUGGUGGUCAGUCAUCAAGUGGUUCAAGUGGAUCAAAUAUUAAACCUCGAUUGACCAUUGGAUCGGUCAAGGGAAAUAAUAAUAUUCAAAAGUAUCAUGGUAACAAUUUGAUUACACUUCCAGUUGAUAAAAAUAUUCAAGGAUUAAUCAAACAAUCAAACUCAUUAUUAUCUUCAUCAUCACCUUCACCGGUAAUUGUUAAAUUAAAUGGACCAAUUAACAGAGCCACAAGUAAAAAUCAAAUUAAUGAACUACUCACAGUAACGACAGUUUAAUUAACUGUACAUUUUAACAAUUUUUUUAAUCUUAUUAAAUAAAUAAAUUGUCAUAAAUCAAAC